AUGAUCGCAUCGCAGGAGGAUCAAGACGUGCUGGCCGUCUACUUCCGCCCGGUCUCGACAGUGGCGUACAUUCUCAGUCUGGGUGUGGUUCAAGAAUACCGAAGGGUCGGGAUUGCGUCGCUCUUGUUGGAUUCGUUGAUUCGCCAACUCACGACACCCGAAGCUGUGCACUGCAAAGCGCUUUUUUUGCAUGUUCUGACUUCUAACAGUUCUGCCAUCCGUUUCUACGAGAAUCGGAAUUUCAAGUUGCAAGCGUUCCUCCCCUACUACUACGCUAUCAACGGGCAGUUCCGCGACGGGUUCUCGUACGUGCUGUACAUAAACGGCGGUCAUCCGCCCUGGGGACCCACGGACUACAUCAAGUACGGCCUGGGCGUCUUGGGCCGGCUGGACCCGUGCUCGUGGCCGUCGCGGCUUUUGCACAAUGCCCGUUCCGUCGUCCCGUCCAUCUUCACCAGCCUCGCCCGAGGCACGAUGGCUCUAGGCAAAUGA